AUGGAUCUGUUAUUUUCCAACUCACUGCUGGUAAAAAAUGAGUGGGAUGAAAUUAAGCUGGGUAAACUAGCUGCUUCUGUGAAGUGGCUUAUAGGCCAUGUUUAUGGAGGAUUAGUACCUGAUUUGCUCGCUUCUCCAAUACGUUAUAAUGAUAAUAACACUUUUCAUUUGGAGUCUGCUGUGAUAACCGCUUUAACUAAUGCAUCGUUAUACAGUAAUGCCGCUGCAAAGAUAUUCAAAGAUCAAAGCCUUAUUAACCAACCCCACAGUGUUGUUUUAUGGGCGCUGUCCAACCACUCCAUACCUAUCCUGAUCUCAGGUGAGGAAGCCGACCUUGACGAAGGCGUGCUAUCUUCUGUACAGCCUUUUCAUCAGGCUGCUCAUUUGGCGGUUAUGGACGCGUUGAUGACGGCACAUAUGCGGUCUAUAAUAACUAUUGAAAGGAUUGUGACCGCCGUGCAAAAGUACACAACUGUUGAUCCGAGAGAAGAACCAAUGGACAGUGUUGAUGCCUUACUUUUUUGGAUUAACAAGAUCUGUCUGCUUGUCAGGGACGAUAUUGAAAAAUCGCAGUUGACGACGAAGAGAGAGGAAAACCAAUUUGGUCCAGUGGUUGUUCCGGAAAUGGAAGAUCUCUAUGAGGAUAUGUGCGAUGGCGCUUGUUUGUGUGCUCUGGUUGCUUUUUACAGUGAUCAGAUGAACAUGCAAAGAAUAUGUUUUAACGAUCCAAUGAGCAUACCGGAUUGUCAGUAUAAUUUGGUUUUGUUGAAGUCCUUUUGCGAACGGCUACCAUUUAACUUCUUUUAUUUCGAAAUUGAGGAUGUACUGUACUUACACGAAUGCCUGCAACCGAAUGUCAAUGCUUUCUUGGCCGAUCUUUUUAAUUAUUUUGAAGGAACUGUCAAAUCAGCAGAAGUUAAUACAUAUCGUCAUUUUGUUCCUAUAGCUGGAAUUCCUGAUUUGCGUAAAAAUUGUUCUUCCAAACCGGCUGCACUUCCGAGGGGCAAACAACAGCCAUCAAUGACUAGAGCUAUGUCGUUGAUGUCUACCGAUUCCCUUAUUUCUGGCCGUGGAAUGACAGCGAGAGGAAGCGAUGUAGGAGUACGAGGACAGAUAGGUAGCCCAAAUACGACAAACUUCAGACAAAUACUUCAGGUUCCAACAGAUGAAAAUGGUAGGUAUUUGUCUACAACAUUACCUAAUAGUGGAUACGAAAGAAGUGAUUCAAUGCCUGCUGCUAGUGUACGUUUGGCACUCGAAGAAAAAAGGCGCGAUCUUGAGAAGAAACGGCUUUUUGAAAGUAAUCAAAACGAGGCCGAAAGGGUACAAAAGCAAAAGGACGCAUUUUUUGCGCUUAUGCAGCGUAUUGAAAAGGUAGGCAAUGAUCCUCGAUCAAGAACUCACAGUGAGCUUGGAUCACUUUCACCUGCAGGUCCGUCAAAUACUGGAAAACAUUUUAAUUCAGUGCAAGAAACUGUCGAUAAUUUAAGGAAGCAAGUGGAGAAGCUCACUGUACAGCACGAAGAACUAUCAAGACAAGUUCAUGGAGAUAGACGCAUGUCUCAUGCUAUUUCUCAGCCUGCUAUUCACUCAGAAUUGCCGUGCAUGCAAGAACAACAAAUGAUGGUUGAUUCUUAUUGUGCACCUUCUCAGUGUAUGGUUAACUCAUGUGUACAAUCAGCUCGAACUCAAAAUUACGCAGUACCUUAUACUGGUGAAUCAGUUUUUCAGCCUGUUAUUCCUCAGCCUUAUGAUCUUCAGCAACAGGUUUUUAUAGACGGUUGUGGCAUGGCUCCUAUGCUGAACAGCACAAUGGGUGCAGGACUGGCUCCAUCUGUAGCUAGUACAAUGACUAUGGCGCCUUCCCCUUGUGUGUCGCCGUACGUGCUGAGGCAACACCAAGGUGUUUCUUUCCCUCGGCCGGUUCUUGCAUCCUCACCAGUCUCGGCUGUAAUUGCUCCUACCCAGGGGCAGUAUGUACAGAAUGAUGUUAGCGCUGUUGGUCCUUCUGGAAAUGGCAAUACUAACUCGUUCCGUCUGCACCAGAACAAUGCUUCCUCAAGCAGGUUAGAUCCUCCUUUAGAGUUGAAAAAUACGCUUACAAAUUGGGGCCUUACUUACAAAGCGGGUCAUAUGUCGCGUCCUCAGAGACGGACUUGGGAGAAUGGGACCUUUAUAAAAGCCGAAGUGGAUUUGGUAAAUCAGCCUGAUGUUGUGCCGCACGCGCCAUCUGAUCAAGCAGUUUCGCAGCAGUAUUUAUUACUAGGUCUCACUUUUUGUCCUACUCCUAAGUUUUUAAGAGGCUAUAAAAGAUUACUCGUUCUUUUUGAGAUCUAUCCAGAGAGGAUUGAUCGUAGGUCUAUUAUCGCGCAAAAGUUCUUUUGCUUGCAAGAUCAGGUCCCUCCUGGACCAAGCUCUGUGUCUGCGCGCAGGUUGCAGGCUGAAGCAGACCAGUUCCAUUGUCAUUCUAGUACUAAUGAUAGCAGUUCUUAUGAAACCCAGAACGACCAGAAUCGUCAGGAGCUCAAUGAACAGGAUAUGUCGUUGGAUAGCAUUAUUCGACUUAACCACCAGCAGAGUCCGCCCAAAGAUCCAGCUUCAUCUCCUUUAGCUAGCACGCUCCUUAAGCAGCGGCACUCAGCAACCGGAGGAUCGCAGUUUAUAGUUGAAGAUGUGGGCCAGGAGAGAGCUUCAAGCGGCGUGACUCGCGAGAUGGAAGCAAAGAAAGAGGCCUUGCUCGCACGCACUUUGCGUCGCCGUGAACAGCUCGAGCAAAGAGUUGGCGAACUCGAAGCUAGGAACGCUGGAAGGAGGCAGGCGGAGUUGGAAAAGCAAGAAGCUGCGGAGCAGAGGAAAAAGGAGCGGGAAUUGAACAGACAGAGAGCACUUGAGGCGUAUAAAAAGAAAAAAAUGGACCGAGAAUUAGAAAUGAAUGGGUCUCAGAAUGGCCGCGGUCACAGUCAACCUCCAACAUCUCGUCCAAAAACUGUGGUCGAUAUGUCAAAAUCACGUACUUUGCAACGGCCGAGUAGAACUCAGAGUAGUGUUGGGGAGGGGAACGGAUCGUCUUCUGCAAGGAGUACCAUCUCGAGCAUUGGAGAGCCAUCUUUGAAACUUUUUUCGAAGUAUGUUCCUAAGUCGAAUAGAACAAUCAUUAUUAAUGCGCUUCAUUACUCCGUCUUUCCUGGUGCCGUUUGGGACAAGCAGCGAAACGAGGUGUUAAGCGAACUUGCAAAAAAUGAUAGUAAGCACCUUCUACUUUUAUUCAAAGAUCAAAAGUGCCGUUAUAUGGGGGCCUACAGUUGGGACCAACAGUCUGAUACUGCACAUCGUAUACAUGGCAAAGGACCAGUUAUCUGCCACGAGUCGAUGAUGUUCCUAAUGUUUAAGUACGACUCUGGUGCGAAGAGUUUCUCCCAAAUACCAACGAAGCACCUUUCUGCUACUAUCGACGGGUUUACUUUAAAAGAUCAGUAUACACAGUCUGCGAAAAUACCGCAUAGUAAUUCAAGUUAUUCGGGAUUUCGUUAG